UAGAUCACGUAAAAUGUUAUCCAGGAACUUUCUGAAGUAAUAUUAGGAUACAUGAGACGAUUAUUUGUCCAAACUUAAUUCCGUUUUGAUAUUGAAGUAGAUGUUUGAUUACUCUGGUCUAGGGCCGCAUCAGUUGCACCCUUGGGAUCGAAUUUUCUCUACGCAAUUCUCUAGUCAUUAUCUCUACACUACAACAAAGUAGUACUGUACUGUAGCCUACAACAUUUCAUUCCAUACAAAGAAACAAUAGCUUCCACAAUGGAUCGAGACAAAUCUAGCCCGUUCCCCUCCACCCUCCAGGAGACAACAGGUCGAUCGCCUCCCUGUACUUUACUGUUGGGUCUGGUGGAUCUGGUCGUCUGCAGGAAAACACCAGGGCAGAGUGGAACUGAGAGAGGAGAAGAGGAACAUGGAGAUUUGAUUUCAUUAAGGGACAUCCCUAAUCGUUGCUCUCUUAGUGGGAGGGGCUUAUCAUCUGGGGAGCCUCAACAACAUCAUGAUGCUGACAUGAAAGAGAAGAGCCUCUCCAGAUCAGAACACCUCAAGAAACACCAGCAGACACUUAUAGGGAAGAAACCUCACCACUGCUGCUCUGACUGUGGGAAGAGUUUUGCUAAACAGGACUUGACUAUUCAUGAGCAAAUUCACACUCUAGAGCAUGCAUCUAAAACCUUAAAAUCUCAUCAGAGAAUUCAUACAGGGGAGAGGCCUUACCCCUGCUUUGAUUUUGGGAAAUACUUCAAACAAUCAGGAACCCAGACUAAACACAAACACACAGGAGAGAAGCCUUAUAACUGUGAUCAGUGUGAGAAGAGUUUUGAUCAAUCUGGAGCCCUGACUAGACACCAACGCAUACACACAGGAGAGAAGCCUUAUAGCUGUGAUCAGUGUGGGAAGAGUUUCAAUCAAUUAGGACACCUGACUAGACACCAGCGCAUACACACAGGAGAGAAACCUUAUAGUUGUGAUCAAUGUGGGAAGAGCUUCAAUCAAUCAGGAGACCUAACUGCACACCAGCGCAUACACACAGGAGAGAAGCCUUAUAGCUGUGAUCAGUGUGAAAAGAGCUUCAAUCGUUCAGGAAAUCUGACUACACACCAACGCAUACACACAGGAGAGAAGCCAUAUAACUGUGAUCAGUGUGGGAAGAGUUUCAAUCAAUUAGGACAAGUGAUUACACACCAACGCAUACACACAGGAGAGAAGCCUUAUAGCUGUAAUCAGUGUGGGAAGAGCUUUAAUCACUCAGGAGUCCUGACUAGACACCAACGCAUACACACAGGAGAGAAGCCUUAUAGUUGUGAUCAGUGUGGGAAGAGCUUCAAUCAUUCAGGUACCCUGAGUGAACACCAACGCUUACACACAGGAGAGAAGCCUUACAGCUGUGAUCAGUGUGGGAAGAGCUUCAAUCACUCAGGACACCUGACUAUACACAAACGCUUACACACAGGAGAGAAACCUUACAGCUGUGAUCAGUGUGGGAAGAGCUUCAGUCAAUCAGGAGACCUAACAGCACACCAGCGCAUACACACAGGAGAGAGGCCUUAUAGCUGUGAUCAGUGUGGGAAGAGCUUCAGUCAAUCAGUACACCUGACUAUACACCAGCGCAUACACACAGGAGAGAAGCCUUAUAGCUGUCAUCAGUGUGAGAAGAGUUUCAGGAUGUCAGAUCACCUGAUUAAACACCAACGCAUACACACAGGAGAGAAGCCUUAUAGCUGUGAUCAGUGUGGGAAGAGUUUCAAUCAAUCAGGACACCUGACUAUACACCAACGCAUACACACAGGAGAGAAGCCUUAUAGCUGUGAUCAGUGUGGGAAGAGCUUCAAUCGUUCAGGAUACCUGACUACACACCAGCUCACACACACCGGAGAGAAACCUUACUCCUGUUUAUGUGGAAAUAGCUUUGCUCAUUUAGGGUCACUGAAAAAACACCAGAAAUCACAAAAAUGUUUUCUUUCAUCUCCCUCCUCUCCGGCAGCUGUUCCAGAUCCUCCAGUGUAUGACAACGUCUCAGGCAGCACAGAUGAGCAGGGUGACGUUCACUAUGCCAAUGUCCACCUAUCUUGCUCCAAUAACCAGGAAGUGCCUCUGUACUCCACUGUCCAACCUCCUCAACCCCAGAAAGGGGAUGAGGAUGUCCAGUACGUUGAUGUGAAAUUCAACCGCCCCAGUGUUGCUACUCGACCCCAGGCACAAGAAGCUGAGGACCCCUCUGUGCUCUAUACCACAGUCAACAAACCCAGAACCAAGAAGACCACAACCAACAGACCCGAAUACAAGAUGAUCUUUAAUGCGUCCCAAAUGAAAUGGGCGUGGUUGACUAGUGACGACCAGGCACUACUCCCAUAUAAAGUGUUCUACUUUUAUCAAUACACUCAUAACAACCUAAUCGUUACGAAAUGUAUAUUCGAUCAAAUAAGUCAGAAACCAGAUUCUGGGCCCAGUUAUCUCUCUCGCUUCACCUCUAAAUUGCUGUUUGAAAUGAAAUUACUGGACAACGCUAGCCCGUUCCCCUCUACCCUCCCGGAGUCCCCAGGUCAAACGCCUCCCAGUUCCGCUUUACUGCUGGAUCUUGUCGACUGCAGGAAAACACCGGGGCAGAGUGGAACUGAGAGAGGAGAAAAGAAGGAAGAUGGAGAUUUGAUUUCAUUAAGGGACAGCCCUAAUCGUUGCUCUCUCAGUGGGAAGGGCUUAUCAUCUGGGGAGCCUCUACAACAUCAUGAUGCUGACAAAAAAGAGAAGAGUCUCUCCAAAUCAGAACACCUCAAGAAACAGAAGCAGAGACGUAUAGGGAAGAAACCUCACCACUGCUGCUUUGACUGUGGGAAGAGUUCUGCUAAACAGAGGGAAUUGGUAAUUUACAAGCAGAUUCACACUGGGAGAAAAAUGUACCGCUGCUCUCAGUGUGGGAAGAGUUUUGCUGCAUCUAAAACCUUACAAUCUCAGAUAAUUCAUACAGGGGAGAGGCCUUACCCCUGCUUUGAUUGUGGGAAGAGCUUCAGUCAAUCAGGAGCCUUGACUACACACCUACGCAUACACACAGGAGAGAAGCCUUAUAGCUGUGAUCAGUGUGGGAAGAGCUUUGCUCUAUCCGGAAACCUGAGUACGCACCAGCGUGUACACACAGGAGAGAAGCCUUAUAGCUGUGAUCAGUGUGGGAAAGGCUUCAAUCAAUCAGGAAACCUGACUAUGCACCAGCGUAUACACACAGGAGAGAAGCCUUAUAGCUGUGAUCAGUGUGGGAAGAGCUUUGCUCUAUCCGGAAACCUGACUAGACACCAGCGCAUACACACAGGAGAGAAGCCUUAUAGCUGUGAUCAGUGUGGGAAGAGUUUCAAUCAAUCAGGAGAACUGACUAGACACCAACGCAUACACACAGGAGAGAAGCCUUAUAGCUGUGAUCAGUGUUGGAAGAGCUUUGCUCUGUCCGAAGACCUGACUAGACACCAGUGCAUACACACAGGAGAGAAGCCUUAUAGAUGUGACCAGUGUGGUAAGAGCUUCAUGGAUUCAGGUAGUCUGACUAGACACCAGCGUAUACACACAGGAGAGAAGCCUUAUAGCUGUGAUCAGUGUGGUAAGAGCUUCAUGGAUUCAGGUAGUCUGACUAGACACCAGCGAAUACACACAGGAGCAAAGCCUUAUAGCUGUGAUCAAUGUGGGAAGAGUUUUGCUCAAUAUUCUACUCUGACUGCACACCAACGCAUACACACAGGAGAGAAGCCUUAUAUCUGUGAUCAGUGUGGGAAGAGCUUCAAUCGUUCAGGAGCCCUGACUACACACCAACGCAUACACACUGGAGAGAAGCCUUAUAGCUGUGAUCAGUGUGGGAAGAGCUUCAAUCAUUCAGGAGCCCUUACUAGACACCAGCUCACACACACUGGAGAGAAACCUUACUCCUGUCUAUGUGGAAAGAGCUUUGCUCGUUCAGGGUCACUGAAACAACACCAGAAAGCAUCUCCCUCCUCCGGCACCGGUUACAGUUCUCUGAAGAUAGUUUCAAUAGAAAACAUAUUAUCACAAUCGAAUUUUCUCUCGGCAACUCCCAAGUCAUUAUCCGAACACUACAACAAAGUAGUCAAACUGUACUGUAGCCUACAACAUUUCAUUCCAUACAAAGAAACAAUAGCUUCCACAAUGGAUCGGAAUACUUAUUGCGGCCAACAGGACAAAGCUAGCUCGUCCCCCUCCACCCUCCAGGAGUCCCUAGGUCAACCGCCUCCCUGUACUUUACUGCUGGGUCUGAUCGACUGCAGGAAAAAACCAGGGCAGAGUGGAACUGAGAGACGAGAAGAGGAACAUGGAGAUUUGAUUUCAUUAAGUAAGAACCAUGGGGACAUCCCUAAUCGUUGCUCUCUAAGUGGGAGGGGCUUAUCAUCUGUGGAGCCUCAACAACAUCAUGAUGCUGACAAGAAAGAGAAGAGUCUCUCCAGAUCAGAACACCUCAAGAAACACCAGCAGAAACGUAUAGGGAAGAACCCUCACCACUGCUGUUCUGACUGUGGGAAGAGUUUUGCUAAACAGAAGGAAUUGAUCAUUCACGAGAGUAUUCGCACUGUUGAGAAACCGUACCACUGCUCUCAGUGUGGGAAGAGUUUCGCUGCAUCUAAAAUCUUAAUAUCUCAUCAGAGAAUUCAUACAAGGAAGAGGCCUUACCCCUGCUUUGAUUGUGGGAAAUGCUUCAAACAAUCAGGAGACCUGACUACACACCAGCGAAUACACAGAGGAGAGAAGCCUUAUAGCUGUGAUCAGUGUGGGAAGAGCUUCAGUCGAUCAGGAGACCUGACUACACACCAACGCAUACACACAGGAGAGAAGCCUUAUAGCUGUUAUCAUUGUGGGAAGAGCUUCAGUCGAACAGGAGACCUGACUACACACCAACGCAUACACACAGGAGAGAAGCCUUAUAGCUGUGAUCAGUGUGGGAAGAGCUUCAAUCAAUCAGGACACCUGACUACACACCAACACAUACACACAAGAGAGAAGCCUUAUAGCUGUGAUCAGUGUGGGAAGAGUUUUGUUCGAGAUGCCAAUCUGAUUGCACACCAACGCAUACACACAGGAGCAAAGCCUUAUAGCUGUGAUCAGUGUGGGAAGAGCUUCAAUCAGUCAGGACACCUGACUACACACCAACGCAUACACACAGGAGAGAAGCCUUAUAGCUGUGAUCAUUGUGGGAAGAGCUUCAGUCGAACAGGAGACCUGACUGUACACCAACGCAUACACACAGGAGAGAAGCCUUAUAGCUGUGAUCAGUGUGGGAAGAGUGUAGGAGUAAGUGACAUAUGUAGGUAGAUAUCACACUAUUAAACAAUAGAUAGGUAAAUAGUAUAAGAAGGCAGAUGUGAGUGUGUUUGCCAUUCUGGUAAAUACAGGAAACCAAAGAUUAGCAGAUGGUGUAGUAGUAACAUAAUAUACAUGGAUAACAUAGAAAUAUAAAAGAUAGCUGAACAUUGGAGUAACGAGCCACAUGUUGACAUAGAUCAUGAGACCGUGGUAAUGGAAAUCUACUGGGGGACGUUCUGACCCUCUGACCCUUGUAGAUUCUCCAUUGUGUUGACAGAUUGCUCAGACAUGUUGGUGCCAGGGUGCUUUGACACACUAGAUUUAUAGUCUAUUCAUUCCACUAAAGAAAAACAUACAUAACAGAGAAAUAUGCCUAUAAGCAAUUGGAUACCCUAGGGAUAGCGGGGACAGAACAAAGAGUGCAUUUAUUUAGUGGUGAGGGGAAGGACACAGAGUAUGUUGACACUAAGAUAGAGGGUCUGACCACUAUUGUAAUUUAACUGAAAGCAGAUGAUGAGCGUUAGUAUGUGUGAACAAGCAGGAAGCCUGAACUAAAAAGAUAAUGGCACAAAGAAUAGGGGAAGUAUGCUUAUUUGCAUAUGGGGUGGACUCAUAUGCUAUUUGGGUAUAAAGAGUGAACUAGUGCUCUGGGAGUGGGUGGGUUCCGCGGUGUGUGUUCCGCGGGGUGUGUGUUCCGCGGGGACAUGCCAGUUGGCUGUACAAUUGUAAUAAAGAGCAUGAUUGAAUUUACAAGUUCUGAUAAAGCGUUAUAUUUCUGAGAUGAUUUUCCACGACAUAUUUUGGCGAGCUUGCCAGGAGCUGAUAGGGACUGGGACGUUCUUGGCUGAUGAUGGGUUCUUUGGACAAUCUAACAAACAAGGGUGGCCGCCCAACUAGACGGUAAGCAAGUUCUUACAAUAGUUGAAAUGUAUGGAUUGCUUCAGAGAUCCUGUCUCAGCGAGAGGAGCGCCACGUAAGUCUCUCUUUCAAAUUUCCUAAAAUGAAACCAGUAAAUACAAAAGAACUUUUAAAUUCAAUGAAUUUGCAUGUAUGUGUAAUUUGGGGAAUUGUAUUAAAUAUAAAUGCAUGUGCAUGUAUAGAGAAUGAGUGAAUAGGUGCUGUGAACUUUGCUUGUGUUAGAUGUAGAGUGGGCAUGCAUGCGCUCGCUCAGAUCAGACCGUUCGAAUGUGUAGCUUAAAUGAUGCGGUUGUUUGCGCAUCUGGCUGAGAUGGCUGGCUAUAAUGUGGGACAGCCCAUACGGUAAAAACAGAUAAUGUAGGUAUAAAAUCCUGUGAUACCUCUUCAAUAAAAUUAGUAGAAGGAAUGCUUGGACAGGUUACUUAUGAAUAACGGCUCUAAAGAUAACAGAGAACUGCAUGAAUAAGUAGUUAGAAAGCCACGAUACCGCUCGUUAAAAAAGGAACAUUUUUAAAGAGGUCUGAUUGGGUGGAUAUUUAGUAAAUAAAUACUUCAUGGAUACCGCCUCAGAACGGGGGACUGUACGGAUGAAUAUUUAGAAGGCAGGAAAAACGUUAGCCCGAUUGUGCGGCGUUCAACUGCAAAAGUAGCUUAUAAAUAUUAGGUUGUAGGAAAACGUUUGCCCGAUUGUGCGGCGUUCAACUGCAAAAGUAGCUUAUAAAUAUUAGGUUGUAGGAAAAACGUUUGCCCGAUUGUGCGGCGUUCAACUGCAAAAGUAGUUUAUACGGUCGAAACAUAAAUCAGUAGUUAAAUAAAUAUUUCAUGGUUAACGCUCUGAAAGGAGGACUGUACGGAUGAAUAUUUAGGACGUUUGCCCGAUUGUGCGGCGUUCAAAUGCAAAAGAAAUCCUGCGAAUAAAAAACCGCUCUGUCUAGCUAACAGGGUUUUGUAAUUCAGUAGGUCACGCCACAAUACUAAUCAAAUAAAAGAAGAAAAUAUCAGUAUUGGGGGUUGGGUAGGAUAUGAAGACAAGCUGAUCCGAUUAGACAGUAGUCUCUCGUCAUAUCGUAGAAAUCCUAUUAGCCUAGGCUUAUGUUGAACAAAGGGAUUAAGUCAAUAAAGAAAGAACUGAGUUGUUUUGAGGUAAAAACAAAAGGAUGAAUGAUAAUGUUGUAAGAAAUGAGUAGAUCUGUGUAGAGAUAGAACAUUAGGAAGAAAGAAAGGACAGGUUGGGGUGUGUGUGUGUGUCUGUGGUAGGAAGAGGCAUGCGCAAGCCUCUCUGAUAGUUAACUGAGUGUAAUUUGAGAAGGAGAGUGCAGUUAACUGCUAUUAGGCAGAUGGAAUGAAAUUAAGGAACAUCGAAGUAAAAUAAGUUAUAAUCAAGGAUAAAAACACUGAUGUGAUAAAGUAAUAAGCGACCAUAGUAGAAUACUAAAAAAGGUGUUAAAAUAAAUAACCAUAAAGAUAAUAAAAGAGGAUUAAACCAAAUAGUGUGUAACAAGACAGAAAGUAGAAUCGUCGAUAAAUUGAAAUUGUACUAUAAAGUUAAAAACGAAUCUAGGUUAGUUAAGAUAAAUAGUGAUAAAUAGUGAAAUUCAGGACAGAUUAAGGAUUCACGAACGGUGUAACAAAGGAAGAGGAAAAAACAGGCCGUCGAUCACUCUGUACCCACAGAGACUGCGGUCUAAAAAUAGCCUGAAGGACAGAGACCAAAAUAUGAGAGGUUUGUUUCACUAAAACCGUGAAUCGGGAAUUAAACAGUAAAAUGGGAUAAAAGACAAUGAAAUAAUAAGAAUAUAGAUAAGAGGUAAGAAAGUAUAGACAAAAUAAAUUAAUAAAGGUAAACGUAAGACGUUAGAUAGAGAUCGUAAAGGAGCGGGCAGUGGACUGGUGUGACUCAGUUGGUAGAGCAUGGUGCUUGCAACACCAGGGUUGAGGGUUAAAUUCCCAUGGGGGACCAGGAUGAAUAUGUAUGAACUUUCCAAUUUGUAAGUCGCUCUGGAUAAGAGCAUUUGCUAAAUGACUUAAAUGUAAUGUAAAUGUAAUCAUAAAAUUGAUUAGAAUUAUAAAAUGAAUAAAUAAUAAUAUCUGUAAUGGGAAAAACACAGUGAUAUUUGAAGUAUUGUAUUAGAAUAAGACAUUAAGUCAUCUGUAGUAUUCAGAAAUAAUGUCUGUACUAUAUAGAGCUUGGUUUGAGAAGAGAAAUUAAGUGAUGUGACAAAUGCAUUUUUAAUUGGAAAGGGGAUUCGCUCUACCUUGGAAAAAUAGUAAAUAAAAGGUGUAUAAUACAUGGGAGUAUUUAGGAAAAAUACAAUAAUUAGUGGCAUGACAACAAAAUGACUGUUUCCAUAGAAUAGGGAGAGAAGGACACUAUUACCUGAUGAACAGGAUAAAUAGGACAAGGGAAUUAAACAGUCACAUGGGACCAAAAUGUGAAGCUCGAUUUGCAGGCGUUCUGAUGUCAACAUUCUAUCAUCAGAAAAUACAUUGCGAUGGGGUUGUGUGUGUGGUUCCUCUAAUCCUCGCAGACGUGCGGGUGAUUGGCAGAACUAUUGACAAGAUCUAAGAACCAAUAAGAAAAUAGCUCUCUGUUCUGGAUAUAGGUAUAUCGGUUAUGGGAAAAUUAGUGUAAUGUGACAUUAGAACUUAGUGCGGUAGCAGGAAAUGCCGCUAUACAAGAGUUUAUAUCCUUGUCAAAAUAACAAACAACUAAUUGGUUUGAGGUUAGUGAGAAUGGAAUUUUUACUUGGCGGUGUGUAGUCUCUGAGGGAACAAUGAGUGUUUCAUAGAGAUUACAGUUUAUAUGUGGUCAAGAAGAAGUAUUAGAUCACGUUUGACUUGACAUCUAGUAAAGUAACGAUGGAAUAUUAAUUGUUAGACAUUAUAUACCACAAUUCUCUGGAACUGUUAAAGACGCUUUAGAAUAAAAUCUAUGGAUAAGUAAAAUUAUUGGUUUGCUGACUAAAAGGUAACAUUGUGAAUAUUAACGAUAUGUACACUUUCUUUUCCAGAAAGAAUAAGGGAAAAAAAGGGUUUUCAAUCUUCUCUGGUCAACAAUGUCAUUGGAGACUAGUUAACUGCUUUCCACAGUAAUUAAAGUCAGCCGCUUUAAAAAUAAAAAUAUCUGGAUAAGGCUAAAACAUGGAGUUCUGGAUGAGUGAGUCCAGUUCGUUUGCUAUUAUUAGCUUAUGGUUCACUAGUGAGUACACCAUGUACUGGGAAUGAAUAUGCAUUAGUAGAUAUAUUGGAAGGGUUUUUUCCAAUUCAGUUUCAAAUUGGGUAUGCAAAAGGAUGAACAUGUUUUUGAAAAAUGUAUUUAAGUUGUUCCUAAAGAAAGGGGGAGUGGAAACAUAUUAAUGGUGUCAAAAUGUCCUGAAUCCUAGGAAUUUCCUGUGAAAGACUGAUCACCUUUUACUAGAAAUUGUUGGAACAGGUGGGAUUUACUUAUAAAAUGUUUAAGACACCAGACUCUAUUCAAACUGUAUAAUUACUUUGAAAAUCUAUUAUGUCUCUGGGAAAAUUAUGAAGAGUUGUACCCUUAAAUUGAAUAAGUUAUUCGAAUAGGUUUAUUUUAAUUUUUAUUUUUGAUAUAACAUGGGUUCAUAGGUAAAACUAUCAGUUCCUUGGGGUUAUGGUCUUUGGGGAAAUACACAAAUGUGUUUUGUUCAUUAUGCAUAUAAAAAGUGUUGAAAGUUAUUCCAACGGGUUUAUUGGAGUGUGGGUUUGUGAGGGUUUUUGUUGAUAAAAACAUCAUCUGUAAUUCAUCUGAGAGAACACUGGUGAAAUAAGGGAGUUAUCAUAAGAAGGUGACGUCAGAAUGCUUUAAGGCAUGGGAGAGAAUAUUACCACAAGUGGGUGUGGAGAUCAAACCCACCCUAACCGACUGAACAGUGAGGGACAACUGUGUCUGAUGACCUGUGAACUGUAUCUAAAAAAGACAUGCUGAAAUGACAUUAUAUUUGUUGGGAGAAUAAUGACUUAAAGUUAUUGGGGUACUGAUUUUUUAUUGUCAGGCCAUUCAUGAGAGAAACUGAGACAAAAGGGCUAUUGGAAAAUAGGUAAUACUGGUAUUUAAAGUGUUUAGUAUAAAUGUUCAUUAUUAAAGGGAUGUUGUGUAUUGAAUAGAUAAGGUCAAAUUUGAGUUAAAGUAAACACUAAGGACUGUUAUCCUGAAUAUUGGGUUGGAAAAUGUAUUUAAGAAAUAACUGUUUAGUUAUUUAGAUAUAGAACUGUUUAAAUUUAAUAGGCCUAGGGAAGCUCUGGAAACUAAUCCUGAGACAAGGUGGUUGACAACUUACAGAAUAUUAGAUUAAAGGUUUUUUAUUUUUUGUUUUAUAAUGUCAUUGGAAUUGGAAUGAUAAAAUCUAAUGUUUAAUUGAAUAAAAAGAUAGUAUGUUGUGCGAUGAUACCCAAGAAUGAAGAAGAAAGAGACCAAUAAUAACAGGGGCAUAGAAUGAAACAGAUGGACGUUUUUCUCCAGGUUUAAUUACAUUACGAAUAGUGGAAAUUUAUUGCAAAUGUGUAAUUAUUAUAAAAAAAAUUAUUAUUAUUAUUUAUUUAUUUUUUUCUCUUUUUCUCGUUUGGUCAAUUUAUUUUUGUUUUGAGGAACAUAAGGUUGUGUAUAUGUUCCUGAGGAGGGACUGAUUGAUAUAAAUGAUAUAUAAAUUGACUUAAGGAUGUAUUAAACAAUGGCUGCUAUGGGUUAGGGGACUCAUAAAUGAAGGUAAUGGUAGUGAAUGGGUGUUAUUUGUAGAAACUAUGUAUAAUAAUAGAGAUAAUUCACAGAAAAGGAAAGACAGCUGACUGUGUAAAAUAUAGGGAAAAUUCUAAAGUAAAUAGAACAAUUCACAUAUCUAAAGAUAUGGUAAAAAGAAUAAGUGGUGGCAUUUUGAACACUAGAGCAAAAGUUUAAGAAACUUAUGACUUAGUUUUGUGAGUGUAACAGUAUAACUUUAAACCGUCCCCUCGCCCCGACACGGGCGCGAACCAGGGACCCUCUGCACACAUCGACAACAGUCACCCACGAAGCAGCGUUACCCAUCGCUCCACAAAAGCCACGGCCCUUGCAAAGCAAGGGGCAACACUACUUAAGUCUCAGAGCAAGUGACGUAACUGAUUGAAAUGCUACUAGCGCGCACCCGCUAACUAGCUAGCCAUUUCACAUCCGUUACACUCACCCCCCUUUCAACCUCCUCCUUUUCCGCAGCAACCAGUGAUCCGGGUCACGGCACCAAUGUAACAGUAUAACUUUAAACCGUCCCCUCGCCCCGACACGGGCGCGAACCAGGGACCCUCUGCACACAUCGACAACAGUCACCCACGAAGCAGCGUUACCCAUCGCUCCACAAAAGCCACGGCCCUUGCAAAGCAAGGGGCAACACUACUUAAGUCUCAGAGCAAGUGACGUAACUGAUUGAAAUGCUACUAGCGCGCACCCGCUAACUAGCUAGCCAUUUCACAUCCGUUACAUGAGGAUUGGAUAUUCUUCCAACUGGAAGACACUUGACUGAGUACAUGUUAUUUUACAGCAGUUGCCGUAGGGACCAUCAUUUAACUAUCAUUAUGAAUAUUUCUGUGGCAGGAGGCCAGGUAUUUGAGGCAGAAUGGUUACAUAGGGCUGUUAUUAAAAAUUAAGAUUUAGUGAUCUUGCUAAUGUUGUCAGGAAAUAACCCAUGUGUAAGUGUGUAUGUCCUCAGGAAAAAACAGCCAGAAAUGGAAGGGCUUGGGCUGCAUUCUGGAGACUGAGUGUACAUCAAGAUACACCAGGCUGGUGGUAUACUUCUUACAACACUGCAGUGGUAAAGUUCUUCUUGUCUCUCUUUGGUGGGUGCAUAAGUCUCACGAGAAAUAAGGUCCAGCUGAAUAAUGGGUGAGCUUGAAAACACCAUGACAGAGGAUGUGGAAUCAGAGAGAGAAAGAGAGAGAGACUAGAUUCCACUAUAGACAUACUGGGUUGAGUUUGGAGGCUACUUGUUUUAUUUUUAAUACAUCAUGUGAAAGAGAAUGGAUGAUAGGAUAUUAUACUCUAAACAAACAUGUUAAAGGGAUUGAUAUGAAAGCAUAUACAGUGUUGAAUUAAUUCAAGAAGAGAGAAUGUUAAUUGUAGGUUAUGCACAUGAUUAUCAGUUGAAAUGGAGUAGAUGGGAAACUAAGUAAAAAUGACAUGAUUUGGGAACACCUCUCAGAACCUGGGGCCGAAAGGGGAAGACUGGGUGGAAGCAUGAGGAAGCUUUUUAGGGCUUUUAUUUUUGUGGAGUCCAGCAGAAAAGUAUCCUGGAGGCAUAGAGUCAGGUAAAGAGAGAGUGGGAAUUGUCAUGGUCUCAGAUUUCAGUUUGCAUGAAUAUAUUUAUGCAUAACACAUAACAUUGUCAAUGCUGUUAUGUUUUGUCUGUUGUUUUCCAAGUCUUAUGUUUAGGAAACCAGAAGGAGAGGGGUUCGCCAGCUUCAGCUGGAAUGUCAGUUUGUUGUGUGAUGAGUGAUGGAAGUAAGAGGAUGUAUGGUGCAAUCAUAGAACAGAGGCCAUAAGUCUCUAAGUAUGAAUGCUUCACAGAAAGUAGGCAGAAACCUGAACCAGGAUGAGAGGUUCUGCGUCUGAUGAUCCAAGGGGACCAGAAGGACCUCUCCCAGUGAUACCAGGAGAUCUAGUCCACGUUGGAGGGAUCCGGAGGAAGUGGGAUCAACCGAGGAGAGAUGGACCCUAUGAGGUGGCCAAAGCAACAAGAACGGCCGUCCAAGUGAAAAGAAGCCAGACGUGGUACCAUCUGAACCACUGCAGCUGAAUCCCAACAGAGAGAAGGAUACAACCACAUAGAGAUGAGGACACAAAGGAUGCUGAUUCACCAGGAGGGAGCCUGGAGGGAGCAGGAGCAGCGGAAACGAUUGAGACGCCAGGGAAGAGCCAAGAAAACAGCAAAUCAAGUGAAAGCCAAAAUAUGACACGUGCAUCGACUAAUGCACCCAGAAGAGGAGGAGAGGCCUCACAAGGAACAGAAUGAGAACAUUUCUUCCCUAAAAUUGAAACUCUUCCAGAUGGAAGUUAAGUCCGGCCUGAGGAGGGAGCCUCAGGUGAAGAAAGAGGAGGAAAAGUCCCGCAAGUUGAAGAAAAUGGAGAUUACCCCACAAUUGACUUUUAAACUUUUGAAUGGCCUCCUUUACAGACAAUUGAUGUUAGAACAACAAAAGAAUAAUGACAUUGACAUAACAGAAGUAACAGUGAAUGCUAGUAUAGAAACAACAGACUAAUGCACAAUCAAGAUGUAUUGUGGGAGCAGGAAGAGAAGAAUGGAAUCAGCCGAACAAUCCAAAAAGACUGACAAGGUUUGAAUCUCUGUUCCACCUCAAUUUAUAACAGAAGUAGGAGAACUGAAGUCUAUCUCAAUCAUAAGGAUCAAACCCUUAUCGGAGAUUGCACUCUGUGGAUGGACAUAUCACCAAACAAAGGGACAAGUCGUUUGGGAUCCGAAAGGAUGUGACCUGACAUUAAUCAAAGAAAAAGACGAGAGGGUGCUCAUCAUGAAUCAGAUUGAACCAGUUGAAGGUGAAGAAUUAAUAGUUGAAAUAACAAGAACAACAGUGACCGAAGGGAGUAGCAUCACUGUCAUUAAGGUUGAUUCUACCCCUGCACAUGAACAGGAAGAACCUGUGACAACAACAAGGGUGGCGGCUGCUGUGACGACCACAGUAGCUAUCACUAGAUGACAUCGACUGCCCUUACCAAGCAGACCACCGUGCCAACAAAGCAACCUGAGACAUCAGUCAGAGUUUUUACUGAUAUUUGAAACUUUCUGAUAAACUCUAAUGAUCUACCUCAAGAUAAGAACAUUGAAAAAGCAACAGAAUUAGAUAUAUCAGAAUUAGAACCACUCAAGGACACCACAUGAGAAGAAGUAGUGAAGAAGGAGUGAUACGAAUGGGCUAAGUAUAUGGCAAACAGACACAGAAUGGACAAUUGUAUUUUGUGAAGAAAAUCACCUUUGUCUGAUCUUUUAAUAGUCUCUGAACCAGCAUCAUGUAAAAACUGUGUAAGUUGGGAAAAAAUGACUAUUGUACCAAUAGAAAGUAUUCUUUCCCUUGUGUGACAUAAAAUGUAGGAUUGUUCUGGUUAAGGACUAGGGGAAAAAUGAUGUUGAAUGAGACCAUGCUGGGAGACAAUGAUUGUGCUGCCUAUAACAUUAGAACUGAAUUAAAUGUACCUUAAUUAGACAGAGGUACCGUGGUUAAAGGAAAAUAUGAAUGUUUUUACAGACACCACACCGAAGGAUUUGAUGUAGGAAACACCACUGUAGAAUGUGAUACUAUUUGGGUGUUAGAGAAUGCGGGAGUUCGUAAAAGUAAUGAUAAAGGGUUGAUUAUGAAUAUAAAAGGGUUGUGUGGUCACAUAACUCAGGUUGCGCCAUCUCUUACUAUGUUGAAAAAUCAAGACAGAGGUAUUGCUGAUAGUUUCUGGAUGUGUGGAAAAAACUAACUGUUGAAUGUAUUGCCUGAUGGAUGGAUUGGUCCUUGUGCCUUAGUUAGAGCAAUUAAAUAGGUUACUAUUAUUGAAUCACUCCAUGAUGACUAUGUUUAACCUAGAGUUAAAGUGGUUUAUGAUAAGGAUCCUGAGGUAUACCUUAAUGCAAUUGGACUGCUUAGAGGUCUACCUAGGGAUUUCAAGGCCAGAGAUGAGGUUAAAUCAGGAUUUGAAUCUAUAUUUCUGUGGAUAAUACCAAAUAAGAACUUAAAGUGGGGAUUCAUGUUUGCUAGGAUGACCAUCAUGUUGGGAGGAGGGUUGUUGGCUUUGGGUAUUGCAUUUUGUUGUGUUAUACCCCUGGUAAAGUCAAUUGUGGUUUAGACAACAGUUAAAUAGAUGUCUGUAAGGAGAGAUGACCCUCCUGUGGUGAUUGAUCCUGUACCGGGAAGCCCAGGCAAUUAUACCAAUAAGUAUGGAAAGCCUUGCAAUGCAGUUGGAGGACCUCUUGACUGCCCCUUUGGUAAACCUAACUGUCUCUAUGAAGUGAUUGGGGGGGUGGUCAUGCGUGUCACGAUUUUCGUAAGGAUGGUUUCCAUGUAUAUGUUAAAUUACCCAGUUCAGAUUAAUGUUUACUCAUACAUGUCCACAAAAAGUGUAAUUUGUGUCACAAUUUCAAGUGGUGUACAAAAAUUCAUGAGGAUGGUCAUUAUCAUCACCUAGAACCUUUUUUCUGUCAAAGUGUCAAAGAAGAGAUUGUCUUAUAUGUUAGGAUGAGGACUGUGGUCUUAUGUAAAGGGGUUUUAGCAUAUCUAUUUUGCCUAAUGCUUUGUGUUCUUUGUAACCUCAGGCAGGGAUUCAUACUACAUGCUCAUUGCUUCAUCAAAAUAUAAUGGUUGAUUAUUAGUAUUUUUUAUUUUAACUAGAUCUUUCAUUCCUAUUUUAUGUUAUUAAUUGGAGAUGUUUGGUCUAGUUGGGUUUUGUAAGAAUAUUAUGUUUCAAUUGGAUCUUUUCUUCCUGUCUGUGUUUAUGUAUUGGAGAUGUUUGGUACAAGUGAUUUGUAAGCUUUAUUUUGAUAAUGUUUUAGUCAAUUGUUGGUAUUGAUAUCUACUCUCUAUAUGUCAUUUUUAAUAUGGUUUUUGAGGUUAUUUACCCUCAAGAGGAGGGAUUAUGUAGGAGUAAGUGACAUAUGUAGGUAGAUAUCACACUAUUAAACAAUAGAUAGGUAAAUAGUAUAAGAAGGCAGAUGUGAGUGUGUUUGCCAUUCUGGUAAAUACAGGAAACCAAAGAUUAGCAGAUGGUGUAGUAGUAACAUAAUAUACAUGGAUAACAUAGAAAUAUAAAAGAUAGCUGAACAUUGGAGUAACGAGCCACAUGUUGACAUAGAUCAUGAGACCGUGGUAAUGGAAAUCUACUGGGGGACGUUCUGACCCUCUGACCCUUGUAGAUUCUCCAUUGUGUUGACAGAUUGCUCAGACAUGUUGGUGCCAGGGUGCUUUGACACACUAGAUUUAUAGUCUAUUCAUUCCACUAAAGAAAAACAUACAUAACAGAGAAAUAUGCCUAUAAGCAAUUGGAUACCCUAGGGAUAGCGGGGACAGAACAAAGAGUGCAUUUAUUUAGUGGUGAGGGGAAGGACACAGAGUAUGUUGACACUAAGAUAGAGGGUCUGACCACUAUUGUAAUUUAACUGAAAGCAGAUGAUGAGCGUUAGUAUGUGUGAACAAGCAGGAAGCCUGAACUAAAAAGAUAAUGGCACAAAGAAUAGGGGAAGUAUGCUUAUUUGCAUAUGGGGUGGACUCAUAUGCUAUUUGGGUAUAAAGAGUGAACUAGUGCUCUGGGAGUGGGUGGGUUCCGCGGUGUGUGUUCCGCGGGGUGUGUGUUCCGCGGGGACAUGCCAGUUGGCUGUACAAUUGUAAUAAAGAGCAUGAUUGAAUUUACAAGUUCUGAUAAAGCGUUAUAUUUCUGAGAUGAUUUUCCACGACAAGAGCUUCAAUCAAUCAGGACACCUGACUAUACACCAACGCUUACACACAGGAGAGAAACCUUAUAGCUGUGAUCAGUGUGGGAAGAGUUUUGCUCUCGAUUCCACCCUGACUACACACCAGCGAAUACACACUGGAGAGAAACCUUACUCCUGUCUAUGUGGAAAGAGCUUUGCUCAGUCAGGGUCACUGAAAAAACACCAGGAUGCACAAAUGUGUAGUUUUUUAUCUCCAUCCUCUCCCGCACCACUUUCAGAUCUCUAAAUGAAGUUUCAAUAGAAAACAUAUUGGAAACAGUCAUCCAUCUCCCAUUCUCUAACAGUUUACUAAGUCUGAUUACCAUCGUAACCUGUGUAGAUAAUAUGCAGCUCUGGAUCCAUAUGUAUCAAGUGUCUUGGAGUAGAAGUUCGGUAUCUUAUUUCAUUAACUCCUAUUGUCCAUUAAAUAAUGUAGAAUAAUGUUUCAACAAUAGUAGGUUCAUAUUAAUGUGUGGGGGAAAUGUUGUCUGUAGAGAGAGCCUUGAAUUGUACAUCUUGUCUCAUACAAUUGUUGGUUCCUUUAGGUGCUGGUAGAGAUGUGAGGGGGAGAUGGUCAUGACCCCCUCAGACCUUUUGGCAGAAUAUGUUCUAUAAGUUAAGAUAGGAGACAGUGCCAGUCACAUGCAGGAACCAAACGUCAGUGGUGAAUUAAUUAUGAAUAAUGUAAAUCAUGCAAAUAUAACUUGUCUGUGUAAGCAGUAUAUAAGAGAACUAACGGGACUGCCCCGAAAGAGCUCCCGACCGUACUAUGGUAUUUUAAGUUUGUUGGAACUCUCCAGCUUCCUGAUAAAAAAUAAAUAUUCAUUUAAGUUUUA